UCCACUGAGUCAGUAAAAGGAACACGCUGCUAACUGUUGGUUUGAAUGGAUUGUGUUCGUGGGCAGGUACACAGGAGCGAUUUAUGGUGUCAUCCGCUGCUUGGCCCCGAUAUGUCGUGUCCAAACAUUUACGCGGACCUGCUCCGGAGCCGCUGCUGAAUACGUGUGCCGUCCACGCACCGGACAGAGAGGUUGAGUUUCACCAAGGGACCUUCAUCAUUUCCAAAAUUACCAGGGAGCUGCAAAGCACACAUUUCCAAAGGCUCGGUGCCUGACAACAAGUACGAGGACGGUGCUGUGGGAUUUGGAUUCUUGGUUAAUUAAGGCAGGAAAGUCUUUCUGAAAAUUCACGGAAGUCUUGCAGUUAUUACACUCCUGUAGAGUUUUAAUUUUAAAGUCUUUACCUCAUUUAUUAGAGGAUUUUUUCCUACUGUACACCCUAUCACCAGGCUGCAAACGGGGCAGUGGAGCCGAACCUACGAGGACCCGUUUGCCUGAAUAAUUACCUUUUGUUUGAAGGUAUAAAAUUGUCUGCCGUAAAGGCUUUUUCAUGGAUUAUCUGGGACUUGUGAAGGUCAGCACUCCUUAGCGUCGUCUUGCCCGGUCUUUGAUCCAGUGCCAUCUCAACACUCGCCCUUUUUCUUUUUUUUUUCUUAAUUCUUUCACUUUCAACUCUGAGGUUUUCGUGGGAUUAAAUUUUAAAUCCCAGGACUCUCUUCACAAGUGUCAUCUCCCAGGAAUAUUCGCAAACUAAACCCUUAACCAAACUACAACUUCCAGCAGGAUGCGGUGAAAUAAAGCGGAGAAGAAGGAAUAGGGGGAAGUGAAGGGCAGAUGGCAUGGCUGCUUGAAAACACCAACAGCUGGAUGAAUAAAACAUUGGGAUAGAGAGGGAGUCGUGACAUCUGGUUGAGGAGUGACUUAGACACUCGUCUCAUUCCCUUUUUUCAAUUCUGUUCACUCCCUCACACACCAGCAUCCUCAAACCCCCCCUGCCCCCUUUUCUUUACUGUUGUAUCUCUCUUCCUGUGUAAACACAGAGGUUCAGGUGGUCGCUGGAACAGACAGAAACAAGCUUGAGUCUCUGCUUGUUUCUCCUGCACUCACUCAGUUCUGCUCCACCUCUGUGUCACCCCCCCAUCCACCUCCACCUCCCCCCACCCCAGCGCGGUGUGUGAUGGUGCGUCCCCUCCUCUCGGUCCUGGAGACAUGCCUGUGCAGGAGAUGGCGGUGAGUCCUGUCAAGUCCCUGUACUGGGAGCAGUUCCCCUCCAUGUCACAGCGCCGAGUCUACUGCACACCAGUCUAUCACGAAGGCCUGCUUUAUGUACUGGGGGGCUGCAGCGAGACCGGCAUGCCCCUGGAUAGUGUUGAGGUCCUGGACAUAGAGAGCCAGACGUGGAGCCAGCUGCCGCCACUGCCCACUGCUCGGGCGGGGGCCUCGGCGGUGGCUCUUGGGGGCCAGGUGAUGAUCCUUGGGGGAAUGAAUCAGCAGCAGACUCCUCUGGCCUCUGUGGAAAUGUACCACCCUGAUGAGGGCAAGUGGGAGACAAAAGCCAGCCUGGGCCAGCCGUCUAUGGGUGUCACCGCUGUGGAGAAAGAAGGGAAGGUGUACGCUCUGGGGGGAAUGGGAACAGACACCACACCUCAGGCCCUGGUCAGAGUUUAUGAAGCAGAGAAAGACCAAUGGCAGCCGAUGACCUCCAUGCCCACGCCGCGGUACGGGGCCAUGUCCUUCGUGAGAGGAAACAAAAUCUACAUGAUGGGUGGUCGUCAGGGGAAAAUGCCAGUGACAGCGUUGGAGUCAUUUGACUUGGAGAUGAAGAGCUGGACACGUUACCCUUGUAUACCAAGCCGGAGGGCGUUUUCCUGUUGUGCCACAAAUGAUCGAAGCUUCUUUAGUCUGGGGGGGCUCCAGCAACCAGGGCCGCACAACUUCUACUCCAGACCUCACUUUGUUAACACCAUGGAAGAGUAUGAUAUCGACCAAGGUAUUUGGAUCAAACCGAGCCGAAUGUCCAGGAUGAGGGAGAAGAGGGCUGAUUUUGUGGCAGGAUGCCUGGGAGGACGAGUCAUCGCAGCAGGUGGUCUAGGUAAUGAACCGUCUCCUUUAGGCACGGUGGAGAGUUACAAUCCAGUGAAGAAACGCUGGGAGUACGUGGCGCCCAUGCUGACCGCACGCUGCUCCUCUGCACUCCUGCAGAUACAUAACAUGCUGUUUGUGAUCGGCGGCGUCGCCCAGGGACCCAGUAAUGCUGUGGAAGCUCUCUGCUUACAGGAAACCGUGUGA